AAACCAAGCAAUCAAUUCCGGGACACACUAGACGUUUUUGGGGCACUGAUAGAUCGAGGGUGCUCCAACUGCUGGGGCUGAUUCUCAUUUGUUCCAAAAGUUUCUAGGUGGCACCGGGAUUGCUAUUUGCAUGUACCCUUAAAUAAAGAAACAGGAAAAGAAACGAACAACCACACUGCUUUGGGAUCCACUGUAAUAAUGUCCUCAGAAGAAGCACAGAGUGCUGAAUCUGUUGAAACACUGGAGAAAGAUGCCACAACACUAGAGAAACAGUUAGUUGACAUAAACAAUGGUAGGGAGGGAGAACUUGUGAUAGCGAAUGGAUCACACAUUAGGGAACAAGAGAUCGGUGACAGUCAUGACAAACUUGUGCAAAUGGUUGUGGAGCUCAAUUUCCAGAAUGAGUACUUGAAGUCCCAGUUGAUGGGACUGAAGAAUCUCCACUUGGAUUCUGAUGGGAUCACUCCUCAUAAAGAAACUGUGGUGGCUCAAGAAAAAAGUGAUGGUGUGAAAGAGCUUGAAGAACAGAUAGAAUCCUUGAGGAGAGAACUUUUGGAAGAAAGACAAACACGAGAUGCUGCAGAGGAAGCCCUCAAGCACCUUCGAGCAGUAUAUUCCGAGGCUGAUGCAAAGGCCCAAGAGCUUGCUGCUCAACUUGCUGAAGCUCAACAGAAGAUGGAUCAAGAAAUUAAACAACGUGAUGAAAGAUACUCAGAACUUGAUUCCAAAUUGAACAGGCUGCAUAAACGAGCAAAGCAGCGGAUUCAAGAGGUUCAGAAGGAAAAAGAUGAUCUUGAGGCCCAAUUUCGUGAUGCCAAUGAGAAGGCUGAACAGUCAUCAUCCCAAUUAUCAGCAGUACAGCAAGAACUUGAGCGCACGCGCCAGCAAGCAAAUGAAGCGCUUAAAGCAAUUGAUGUUGAGAGGCAGCAAUUACGAAGUGCAAACAAUAAGCUUCGAGACAACAUUGAAGAAUUACGUCAUUCAUUGGAGCCCAAAGAGAAUGUUCUUGAGGCAAUGCAGCAAUCGCUUCUGGAAAAAGAGCAGAUGUUGGAAAACAUGCGAGGAUCAUUACAGGCAGCUGAAGAGAAAAGGCUAGCUGCGAUGGCUGAACUCUCUUCAAAGCACCAGAUGCAAAUAGAGAGUUUGGAAGCUCAGAUAGCAGAUGCAUUAGCUGAAAGAAGUAAAGCUACCGAAACAAUCUCAUCUUUGAGGGCUUUGGUUGCUGAGAAAGAGUCUAAGAUUGCAGAGAUGGAUGCAGCUUCAAGUGGUGAAGCAGCACGACUCAAAGCUGCUGUUGAAACUGUCAAAGGGGAGCUUAUACACCUGAAAAGUGAGCAUGAAAAGGAAAAGGAGAGUUUGGAAAUGGUCUCUCAGUCACUCAGGAUGAAGCUGGAGACUUCUGAGAGCAACUAUAUACGUGCAGAAGUUGAACUUGCCAAGAUGAGAAGUCAAUUGGAAUCAGAGUUGUCUGUGCAGGCUCAGCUCAUAAACCAAAAGGAUUCUGAACUUUUGGCAGCAAAAGAGGAGAUCAGCCGGCUAGAGAGUGAAUUUUCCUCUUAUAAGGUCCGGGCACAUGCACUUCUUCAGAGGAAAGAUUCUGAGCUAGCAGCUGCAAGGGAAAAUGAACAGUUGAAAGCCCUUGAGGAGGCUUAUAAAGAGGCUGAAAAAGAAAUAUUGCUUUUAUCUGCUGAGAGGGACAAAGCCCUCCAGGAUCUGCAAAAUGCUUUGGCUAGUCAUGCCAAGGACCUUUCUGCAAGAGAUGAAGCACUUAGCAUUGCGGAGCAACAGGUUAAGAGCAUGGAGAUCAAGCUAAGCUCUGCUCUUUCUAGCCACCGGUCAGAAAGGGAGGCAUGGGAAGUAAACCUUCAAAAUGUGGAAGAAACAUGGCGAUUGAGGUGUGAAGUGCUGAAGGCUGAAAAUGAGGUGUCCUCUGGUCAAACUCUCCAAAAGGAACUUCAGGACAUUAAAUUACAAAAUAAGAAGUUGAAGGAUGACUAUCAUUCUUUUCGUGAACUUGCUGAUAGAAUGAUGGAGGAGAAGGACAAAGAGAUUUCAAGACUUCUAGAUGAUAACAAGAGCCUUCGUCAGUUGUUAGAUUCAAGGCCAUCGGCUGAUCGCGUAGAUAUUGAUGAUUCAGGUCCUGGUAAAAACGAUGCCCCAAAUUCAAGUACCUCUGCAGCAGAACAGCAAAUCCUAAUUUUGGCUAGACAACAAGCUCAAAGGGAAGAGGAACUUGCCCAAUCACAACGGCACAUUUUUGCACUUCAAGAAGAAAUUGAAGAGCUUGAACGUGAAAAUCGUCUCCACAGCCAGCAGGUAGCCAUGUUGAAGGAAGAACUAAGGAACAUGGAUAGAAAGCAGAAGCGGGAAGGGGUGGACUUGACAUAUCUCAAAAAUGUUAUUCUGAAACUUCUUGAGACAGGUGAAGUGGAAGCUCUGCUGCCAGUAGUUGCAAUGCUUCUCCAGUUUAGCCCAGAUGAGGUGCAGAAGUGUCAAAAUGCUUACCGCUCUUCAACUGCUGCUCCACCUAGCCCAGCAAGUGAUGGCGUAGGAUCUGGAUUGUCUCUCUUCUCUAGAUUCUCAUUUUCUUGACACCAGGAAUGAUGGCUGAAAUUUUUGUUAUGCCUUUUUAUUUUCAAACAAAACGCCUUUUUUGUCAGAGCUGCAGAGUUAUUGGGAUUUUCCUCCUGUACCCAAAGGGAGUAAUCCCAUUAGUACAAAUCUUGUAGCAUCAUUCUUCUUCCUGUGAUGGUGGAAGUCUACUUCCUCCUUCACGGGACAGUACCGAUAUAUGUAAGAUAGAUUUUGGAGUGUGAGAAUGUUUUAGGAAUACAUCAGAAACCAAGAGGCAGCAGAUGGACCCUUGACCUUGAGGGCUUUAUCAUGAUGAAGUGAUUUCCUGUACAGUCCAAACUUUGUAAAGUACGUUGAUUGUUUUUGCAAGUUAAUGGUACCAUCUUGAAUCCGCUUUUACUUUCAUCA